AUGUCCAGCACUGUCAUCGGCUCUUGGGUGCACUUUGGGGGAUGGGGUGGCCCUGAGGUGGGAGCCUGGCAAGGAGCGGGAUGCGAGGGUUGUUUAUACAGCUAGUAGGUCGCUGAGCCCAGGCUGCUUUGCAAAGGGAGGGGGUCGGCCGUAGGGUCAGUCCGGCUUUGUGUGCCCCUGUUUCCCUUUCCCAGACCCCACCCGGGCCCCCUUUUUAUCCUGAGUCCCCUUCAGGGUGGGAGAAGCCAGCGAACCCGGGACGCGUUUGAAAAGAGGGGAGGGGGCGAGGGAGAGAAACCCACAACAACUAGUCGUCGGCGAGUGAUGGGUGUGGAGAAAGAUCCAGAGGGAAGGGGUGCCGGGAGGCGGGCGGCCCGGCUUCCUGGCCCGGGCUCCCAGCCCGGCCAGACAAAAGCUGCGCGAGCGUCGCCGACGGAGCGGCUGGCCUGAUGGGAUGCGCAGGGUCCCCUUGGUCCUCUUGGUCCCCGGGGCCUUCGAAGAGCUUCUUUCUGAAGAUGGGAAAGCGAACAAGUGCUGAGUUAAGCCUGUACAGCCUUCUCAACUUGCCUUUGUUGUCUUUGGUGUUGGCAGAGACGCUCUGACGAAGAUGAGCGUGUGAUCUUGCACCUUAGCCUGGCUAGAAUGGACUGCUGAAUUAUGAAGUAUUUCAGACCCAAUAGUAGAACAUCACUCUGCCACUCACUCCUUUAUCUCCUACUAGUUAUUUGAAUUGGACUUUUAAUAUCCUACCAGCUGCUCUUCAGACACACAUGGUGCAUUGUUGCCAUUCCCCAGAUUGCAUCUUUGAAACACAGGCUCUUAGUAACCUUCAGCGAACAAAGAGGCAACCUCCCAGAUAGGUCUGCUGGGAGGGAGUCAUCCUGACUGCCCUCUAGCUUUUGCUGGAUCUGGAUUUGAAUUCCAUCAUGGAGCCUCGCAUGGAGUCCUGCCUGGCGCAGGUGUUGCAGAAGGAUGUUGGGAAACGAUUGCAGGUUGGCCAAGAACUGAUAGACUAUUUCUCAGAUAAACAGAAGUCUGCUGACCUUGAGCAUGACCAGACCAUGUUAGAUAAACUUGUGGAUGGACUUGCUACCUCUUGGGUGAACUCUAGCAAUUACAAGGUGGUUCUGCUGGGCAUGGACAUCCUGUCCGCCCUCGUGACCCGGCUGCAGGAUCGGUUCAAGGCGCAGAUCGGCACAGUGCUGCCAAGUCUAAUAGACAGACUAGGAGAUGCUAAAGACUCUGUGAGGGAGCAGGACCAAACUCUGCUGCUAAAGAUCAUGGAUCAAGCUGCUAAUCCCCAGUACGUAUGGGACAGAAUGCUUGGAGGCUUCAAACACAAGAAUUUCCGUACUCGAGAAGGCAUCUGUCUCUGCCUUAUAGCAACACUCAAUGCCUCUGGAGCACAGAGUUUAACACUAAGCAAGAUUGUGCCACAUAUAUGCAACUUACUUGGAGAUCCAAACAGCCAGGUUCGAGAUGCAGCAAUAAACAGCUUAGUGGAAAUUUACAGACAUGUAGGAGAACGUGUGAGGGCAGAUCUCAGUAAAAAAGGAUUGCCACAGUCCCGGUUGAAUGUAAUUUUUACGAAAUUUGAUGAAGUCCAGAAAUCUGGAAACAUGAUACAAUCUGCAAAUGAUAAAAAUUUUGAUGAUGAAGAUUCUGUGGAUGGUAACAGACCUUCCUCCGCUAGUUCUACGUCAUCCAAGGCUCUACCAAGUUCUCGGAGAAACGUCGGAAUGGGAACCACCCGCCGGCUUGGUUCAUCCACCCUUGGAUCCAAGUCUUCAGCUGCAAAAGAAGGAGCUGGUGCUGUUGAUGAAGAGGAUUUUAUUAAAGCAUUUGAUGAUGUACCUGUAGUACAGAUUUAUUCCAGCCGAGACCUUGAGGAAUCCAUAAACAAAAUUAGGGAAAUAUUAUCUGAUGACAAGCAUGAUUGGGAGCAGAGAGUAAAUGCUCUAAAAAAGAUUAGAUCUUUACUUUUGGCUGGUGCUGCUGAGUAUGAUAACUUCUUUCAACAUUUGCGUCUUUUGGAUGGAGCCUUUAAACUCUCUGCUAAGGAUCUGCGGUCUCAGGUAGUGCGGGAGGCUUGUAUCACGUUGGGGCAUCUGUCAUCAGUUCUGGGGAAUAAGUUUGACCAUGGAGCCGAAGCCAUUAUGCCAACUAUAUUUAAUUUAAUUCCAAACAGUGCCAAAAUUAUGGCCACGUCUGGUGUUGUAGCUGUUAGGUUAAUUAUUCGGCACACACACAUCCCUAGGUUAAUACCUGUCAUAACAAGCAACUGUACCUCUAAGUCCGUCGCAGUUAGAAGGCGCUGUUUUGAAUUUUUAGAUUUGCUUUUACAAGAAUGGCAGACACAUUCACUAGAACGACACAUAUCAGUAUUAGCGGAAACAAUAAAGAAGGGAAUACAUGAUGCCGAUUCUGAAGCAAGAAUAGAAGCCAGAAAAUGUUACUGGGGUUUCCACAGUCACUUCAGCAGAGAAGCAGAGCACUUAUACCACACCCUGGAGUCCUCCUACCAGAAAGCCCUGCAGUCCCACCUGAAGAACUCAGACAGCAUUGUGUCUCUGCCUCAGUCUGACCGCUCGUCUUCCAGCUCUCAAGAGAGUCUAAAUCGGCCGCUGUCUGCCAAAAGAAGUCCUACUGGAAGUACCACGUCUAGAGGUUCUACAGUUAGUACCAAAUCUGUGUCAACGACUGGGUCCCUUCAGCGAUCUCGAAGUGACAUUGAUGUGAACGCAGCAGCCAGUGCCAAAUCCAAAGUCUCCUCAUCUUCGGGCACGGCGCCUUUCAGCUCCGCAGCGGCUUUGCCUCCAGGGUCAUACGCAUCCUUAGAGUCCAGACACAUGAGGGAAGACAUGGAGUACAUAGGCCUGGACUCAGAUGGUACUACCACUAAAGCGGAGGGUCGGAUCCGCACAAGACGGCAAAGCUCUGGGAGUGCCACCAAUGUCGCCUCUACACCUUCUGAUAACCGGGGCCGCAGUCGCGCUAAAGUGGUUUCACAGUCCCAGCGAUCCAGAUCUGCUAAUCCUGCUGGUGCUGGCAGCCGGUCAAGUUCUCCAGGAAAAUUGUUGGGAAGUAGUUAUGGUGGACUUGCUGGGGGCUCCUCACGAGGCCCACCUGUGACACCAUCUUCAGAAAAGCGAAGCAAGAUUCCCAGGAGCCAGGGAUGUAGCCGGGAAACAAGUCCAAACCGAAUAGGAUUAGCACGGAGCAGCCGUAUCCCUCGACCCAGCAUGAGUCAGGGGUGCAGCCGCGAUACCAGCCGUGAGAGCAGCCGAGAUACAAGCCCUGCUCGGGGCUUUCCUCCACUUGCCUCUCGACGUCAUUCCAGGUCCACUAGUGCUCUCUCCACUGCUGAAUCUGUUGGGCAGUCAGAUCGGUUUGGGCUUGGCCAGCCAGGAAGAAUACCUGGUUCUGUGAAUGCCAUGAGAGUUUUGAGCACAAGUACAGACCUUGAAGCUGCUGUUGCUGAUGCUUUGCUGUUAGGAGACUCCAGGAGCAAGAAGAAGCCUGUGAGGAGGAGGUAUGAGCCGUAUGGGAUGUAUUCUGACGAUGACGCCAACAGUGAUGCCUCAAGUGUUUGCUCUGAGCGCUCAUAUGGCUCCAGGAAUGGUGGCAUUCCCCAUUAUCUGCGGCAGACUGAGGAUGUAGCAGAAGUUCUCAACCACUGUGCUAGUUCAAACUGGUCAGAAAGGAAAGAAGGGCUUCUGGGCCUGCAGAACCUACUGAAGAGCCAAAGAACACUGAGUCGAGUUGAACUGAAAAGAUUGUGUGAGAUUUUCACCCGGAUGUUUGCCGAUCCUCAUAGCAAGGUUUUCAGUAUGUUUUUGGAGACUCUUGUGGAUUUUAUAAUAAUUCAUAAGGAUGACUUGCAAGACUGGCUUUUUGUUCUUCUCACACAAUUACUUAAGAAAAUGGGAGCAGAUUUACUUGGAUCUGUGCAAGCAAAAGUCCAAAAGGCUCUAGAUGUCACCAGGGACUCCUUUCCAUUUGAUCAACAAUUUAACAUUUUGAUGAGAUUUAUUGUGGAUCAAACUCAAACUCCAAACCUCAAGGUCAAAGUUGCAAUCCUGAAAUAUAUUGAGUCUCUGGCCAGACAGAUGGAUCCAACAGAUUUUGUAAACUCUAGUGAGACAAGGCUUGCUGUUUCUAGAAUCAUAACCUGGACAACAGAACCAAAGAGUUCAGACGUGAGAAAGUCCUCGCAUCAGCGUAGUCGAGUAGGUGAGGAUUUCCCCACUAGGUCAGCUUCAACCUGCUCCGGGCCUGGAGAAGGAAACUUGGAAGAAAGUUGUAAACAGGCAGCACAAAUUGUGCUAAUCUCUCUGUUUGAAUUGAAUACUCCUGAAUUUACCAUGUUACUUGGUGCCUUGCCAAAAACAUUCCAGGAUGGUGCCACCAAACUCCUGCAUAACCACCUCAAGAAUUCCAGUAACACCAGUGUGGGCUCUCCAAGCAAUACGAUUGGCCGAACACCUUCCCGACACACCAGCAGCAGGACCAGCCCCCUGACCUCACCUACCAACUGUUCCCAUGGGGGUCUGUCUCCAAGUCGGUUGUGGGGUUGGAGUGCCGACGGGUUAGCGAAGCACCCACCUCCCUUUUCUCAGCCUAACUCCAUCCCCACCGCUCCUUCCCACAAGGCUCUCAGGCGCUCUUACUCUCCCAGCAUGCUGGACUAUGAUACAGAGAACCUGAACUCUGAAGAAAUCUAUAGUUCUCUACGUGGAGUUACAGAAGCCAUUGAAAAGUUUAGUUUUCGAAGCCAAGAAGAUCUGAAUGAACCAAUUAAACGAGAUGGCAAAAAGGAGUGUGAUAUUGUGUCCCGCGAUGGGGGCGCUGCCUCUCCUGCCACCGAGGGCCGCAGGGGCAGCGAGGUAGAAGGAGGCCGGACAGCUCUGGAUAACAAGACCUCGCUACUCAACACCCAGCCUCCGCGUGCCUUCCCGGGGCCGCGGGCGCGAGAGUACAACCCGUACCCCUACUCAGAUGCCAUCAACACCUACGACAAGACUGCCCUGAAGGAGGCUGUGUUCGAUGACGACAUGGAGCAGCUUCGAGACGUUGAAUAUUCAGAGUUGAGGUUUCUUAAAAGAACAUGGAGGAGAAAGGAUGUGCCUUUCUGCCAUAGAAACCGUGUUCACAGCCCUACAGUGCCCAUCGACCAUUCUGACCUGGUGGCUGACCUUCUGAAAGAGCUGUCCAACCACAACGAGCGGGUGGAGGAACGGAAAGGAGCCCUGCUGGAGCUGCUCAAAAUCACACGGGAAGACAGCCUUGGCGUCUGGGAGGAGCACUUCAAGACCAUUCUGCUCCUGCUGCUAGAGACCCUUGGAGACAAAGACCAUUCAAUUCGAGCACUGGCGUUGAGAGUUUUGAGGGAAAUUCUGAGAAAUCAACCAGCAAGAUUUAAAAACUACGCUGAGCUGACGAUUAUGAAGACUCUGGAAGCCCACAAAGACUCCCAUAAGGAGCAUGUGGAGCUCAUUCUUUGGGGAAACCGGGUGUUUCAGGUGGUGAGAGUGGCUGAGGAGGCUGCGUCCACACUAGCCAGUUCCAUCCACCCAGAGCAGUGCAUCAAGGUGCUCUGCCCCAUCAUCCAGACGGCGGACUAUCCCAUCAACCUUGCUGCCAUCAAGAUGCAGACCAAAGUCGUCGAGAGGAUCGCCAAGGAGUUGUUGCUGCAGCUCCUCGCCGACAUCAUCCCAGGCUUGCUGCAGGGUUAUGACAACACUGAAAGUAGUGUGCGUAAGGCCAGUGUGUUUUGCUUAGUGGCAAUUUAUUCCGUAAUCGGAGAAGACCUGAAACCUCACCUCGCACAGCUCACAGGGAGCAAGAUGAAGCUACUAAACUUAUAUAUAAAGAGGGCCCAGACCACCAACAGCAACAGCAGCUCCUCCUCCGAUGUCUCCACGCACAGCUAAUAGCAGCGCCUGUCUCUUGUGUAGACCUAGAAGCAAUCGGUGGUGCCUCUCAGAGACCUCUCCCUACCCCUUCAUCGGCUGCCCAGUCAGUACAAGGAGGCCCACAAAUAUUUAUUACAAUCAGUAUUUUGGUCCCUUCCAGCCUUUCUGUAGAAUCUUACUGGUAUUAAAUGUAAAGGAAGCAAGGCCUGUAUUGCAGUCUUCAUGCAAAACAAAAGGAAUAAGAACAGAAAAGAGCCAUACUGAAACAUGUCUUGUGCAGCCUGCUGAGAUGGUGAAACCGUGCGUGUGGGGUGCAGUUUCUAAAAACCAGAGCGCUCUGGCCACUGCUUGGUAGAAAGUAGCAUUUUUUUUUUUUUUUUUUUUUUUUCAGUUAAUAACAGGUUUGAGGGUGGGGUGGGGUGUUACUUUGUGUCCCUCCUCCUUAGCCUGUUUUCUUGUGAGUAUGGUCUGUGUGGGGCCCCUUUCACAGCCGACACCAUGAAAGGUGAUACAUCUUUAAGUUAUGUUCUGAGACCUACUAAAAAUGGGAAUCAAGUCUUGGCAAGAACAGUCUAAAGAUGGCCUUUUACCAAACGCUGGGAAUUUUGCUUGUCUUAUCCAGACUGGAGGCCAACUGCCCUGGCUCUUAGCAUAGAAUCAGAAGUGCACCCCUCAAUCUCCUUCCAGCCCUCCCUAAUCGACUCCACAGAUGAGGUCCCUACCCCAGAGCUUCCAUGCAAAGGAAUUCUUCGAGUUUAAAUCUGGACACUAAAAUAAGAUAAAUGUAUGGCAUCAUUGAGGGAUGUCUGAGAUGGUAGUUCCCGAAGCACGGAAGAUCAAAGAGAAGUCUUUCAUCUUUACUGCUGAGUUAUCACGCGGGUUCUGCCGGGACCCCCAUCCCUGGGCUACUUGGUGAUUCUGAUUUAGCUCUAACUUCUCUCCUCUCCUCGGCGCUCUCCCCAAGCUGCUCAGUUCUAACAUAGUCUGGGAAAUGGCGUCUUCGUUCUCCAUUUAAUGUAGGAUUAAGAGCAAAGAAAAGCCUAGAGAGACUGGAUAUCACAAUUAAUUUUUUAAAUUUUAUAAACUGAAGUAGUUCCUUGAAUGUCUGUUGAUGAAAUCGUCACUGUGUAAGGAGAAAGUAAGUAUGAGGAGUACCAGAUUGCAGGAAAACAGGAUUAGAAACACACUUUAAAAAAACACACACAUUUAGAGUCUCUCUUCCUUCCUCAAGGAACCUCUAGGCCCCCUCUAAAAACGCCUUUAGGGCCUAAUCACUCCAACAAAAGUAACUAGAGGUUUGGAGUCUGGUUAAAUAAAUUUUGAGUAAAAUUCUUAAGCCAAAUGGAAAUUCUUAAUGCAAUCAUGAGGACUUCUGUUGUUUCUUACUGUUGUAUUAGAUUCUAUAAAUUGAACUGAUUCUUCCAUAAGGGAAAUGCUUCUUUGAGAUUAAUUAUAAUAAGGUAUUUGCUAUUCCGGUGCAGAGCCCACUGCAGCCUACUAGCACUGAAAGCAGAGGCUGGGUGCCAGAGCACAUGAUUCUCACCGUCAUUUCCGCAGACCCCUCUGCCCUGCCCUCUGGAUUGGCUGUAGGAAGCUGGGAAAGACUGACGUUGUAUUUGGAAACAUGCACUGAAAAUGAAGGCCCCAUAAUGCCCAGGAACAAUAAAGCCCGGGUGCUGACGUGUGUUUGUGUGUGUGUGUUUGCACACGUGUGUGCACCUUACACGUGUGGUACCUCACUGCUGCUGUUUAGGGAACUUGAGGGGUACAUUUCAAGGGAUUGGGCAUCACUGACUGGCUUUGGCUCAAAUGUAGCAGGACCAGGUCUUUCGUUGCUAAAUACCGUUUGUUUGUUAGUAUGUCAUCAAUGGUAUUUCUUUUUUACACUCUACAAGUGAGUUAGGGAGUCUUUUGUUGAUCCCUCUGUUGUAGGAAUGUGUGUCAGGCUAGGUUAUCCAUGAGUUCCUUUAUGCCUAAUGCAGUUAGAAGGACCCUUCUCCUUGAGCUCUUUGACUCCCAGAAGGCCCCCCAGGCCCCAGCGUACUUAUAAAGGAUCUCGAACAUUGCUGGACAUCCUCAUAGUACUCACCAAGGGCUAGCCUCGAAUGUCACUUGCCCAAUCUUCAAUCUCCCGACCUAGAGAGAGAAACAAUCACGUCACAGGUCUCUUGGCCUCAAUCUGAAAACUGCUGCUGCCGCGCCGAGGAGAGUCGCAUGCCGCCACCACCUCACUCGGAGGGUGCCGAGGCCACCCACCUUCGCCCCCCAGACCCUGACAGCUGCAGCUGCCUUGCCUUGCCGCCACCUCCCUGCAGGGCCCCUGUUCCAAUGAAAAACAACACAGAAGAGCAGAGCACCUAAGCCUGUCUCUGCCUCCCUGUCUACCUGACUGGCCAGGGCCCUGGUACCCCUGCUGCUUGACUGUGGGCCGGGCAGUCUGACUUCCUGCUUCCUUCAAGCUGCUGCCUCCCCUGCAGCCAGGGUCUGGGCAGGGUACAGCCGGUCCUUGGGGCACGCAGCUUCCUUCAAGUGCACUGUGUGUGCUUCCCGGACCUGUGGCAGAUGCCACGGGGCUGCCUUUUCUAUGCGCCUCACUAGCUGACCACUCUGCAGGUAAUGCAACUGACUUCAUUGUCUCAUCAGUCCUUUUCUUUCCCUGCCGUCCUUUAUUUAUCAAGCAUAAUGUUACACUUUAAAGGUCAGCAAAUAAGAACUUUGUAGAAUCCCACCAGGACUUUGCUAACAAUGUUUGGAAAUUUAAAAAUGCUCUGAAAAAUAUCAGCCACCGAAACCGUUUUGUUGGCACUGUGUUCACACGCAUGGUCCCCAUACCCCCAGACUGGGUGGGUUUUUUUGUUUUUUUGGGCUUUUUCAUGUUACAUCUAUAUCUGUAUUUAUAUCUUAUUUGUUUCACUUUCAAGUGUAUCAUGGCAAAUGUACAGAUUUUUUUGUUAAUAAUGUGCUAGGAUUUGCUAAAAAAGAAAAAAAAAAUCCCUUUUGAGUUUGCCCUAGAAUAAAUAAGACUUAAUUCAG